AAGUUUGGUUGAACUUCUGGUAGGAUGUCUACAGCAACUCGGUGUAUGAGCUCCAACCCACUGGACUACGGUUUCCAGGCAACUAUCUUUAGAAGGUUUGUAUAAAGGUCUGACAGCUAGGCUUCUAAGACAUGGAGGCGGCAUUAGAAUUUGUUUUCAAGUCAUCGUUCUGCUAGCUGAGCUUACGGUGAGUGUGACAAUGUUGUCGAUCGCCUGAUAUAUAAAGAUACAAAUCUUGCGUUCAAGAACUUAUGAGACAGUUCAUCAUCCUUCGAGCUUCAGAAGAUUGCAGCUGUCAUCAUGAGAGCUUUCACACUACUACCCACUCUUCUGGCGGCAGCCUUUGCCGCGCCCACAACGCCUGCCAUUGCUGCAUCACUUGAAGCACGUACCUUGGGUCUGCUCAGCAAACUCCAAAAUCCAAAGUGUCCCUCAAACACCGCUCAGCCAGACGGCAAGCUGCCUAAAGGCAGCAUCUCAACCUCAGCCCUCGUCCCCAUUAGCGCCAAGAAACCAAACACCGCCUACCCCAACAGCGAGUGGGCGAAAAUCACCCCUGGCGACUUCUGCACAAUAUUCAACCUCGUCCUUGACUCCGAUGCGACUCAGGGCAAGGUCUGCAACCUUGUCUUCGACCUCCCGGACUACCUGCAAGCCCCGGGCUCUUUUGUCUUCCUCGGUAGCGGCGCCUUCACCUUCACCGGCUACGACAUCAAUGCCGGCGCAGUGCCGGGCGAGACCACGUACGCGAAGCAGCCGCGCCCAGGACCGAGUCCGCCUAACCCUCCGCCAAUCAUGAAGCCGGGCAACAGCUAUAUCAUCAACUCAGCACCUUGCGGGAUUCCACCGGGCAUCGGGCCGGUGACGGUCAGUGGCAGUUUGUGCUCGAAGGACACAACGUUCUUGUUCCGUCAGAGCCAAGACAAGUGUCCACUGGGAUUCUAUGUUGUGUAUACAGAGGAUAAGGGGGCGACUGCUCCGCAUUGAGCUGUUCGUGAGGCGAGUGAGGAAGCCUAUGUUCUCCCUGUAUGUCUUUUGUGAUCCUAGUAAUGAUAAUGAUAUCUUUCAGUCGCGCCGUUUCACU